AUGACAAUAGGGACACGGAAUGUCAGGUCCCUCCUGGACGUGAACAAUUACAGGCCAGAGAGAAGAACCGCUCUUAUCACCCAAGAACUAGCCCGGCUAGAUACAGACAUAGCUGCCUUGAGUGAGACAAGACUCUCAGGUGAGGGACAAAUUAGUGAGGUACGUUCUGGGUACACCAUCUUCUGGAAGGAAAAGGAUGCAGGAGCAACACGCAUCCAUGGUGCAGGAUUUGCCGUAAAAACGAAAAUAGUGAAAGAUCUUCGACUUACAUCUGUCUCAAUUAAUGAAAGACUGAUGACUCUUAGAGUACCCUUUGGUUCAUACAGUUUCAUCACCUUCGUCUCCGCAUAUGCUCCUACUUUAGACAGUGAUGAAGACACAAUGAAUCAGUUCUACCACCAACUGAACAGUACUGUCUCUAAGAUACCCAUUAAAGAUAAAUUAAUUUUACUUGGUGAUUUCAAUGCCAGAGUGGGAAGGGACAACCGUUUUUGGAGAGACGUCAUGGGUAAACAAGGGGUCGGAAACUGCAAUGCAAAUGGGUUGUUACUUCUUGGUCUAUGUGCUGAGCACGAGCUUUUUAUAUCCAGUACCCAAUUCCGCUUGCCUAACCGCUAUGAGACCACAUGGAUGCAACCACGCUCCAAACAUUGGCAUCUUAUAGACUACGUUAUUACUCGACAGCGUGACAAGAAAGACAUUCUCAUCACCAAAGCAGCACUAAACAUCGAUGAGUGCUGGACUGACCAUAGACUUUUAGUCAGCCGUUUGAGAGUACCAAAGUAUCGCAAGCCACGAUCCCGCUUUUCAAACCCACCACGCAGAAAAUUCAACACAAGCAACCUGAACAACAAAAACGUUCGUUCACACUUCCAAGACAUCAUAUUUGAACAACUUAAAGCUCCAGUAACCACAGAUGAUGUCGAACAAGAGUGGACCACAUUAAAGAACAUCAUCAAAGAAACUGCUGAGAAUGUUGUUGGUUUUAGUGCACGGAAAAGAAGUGACUGGUUUGAUGACAACCAUGGAGAAAUCCAAGCCAUCAUCAAUGCAAAGCGGGAUGCUUACCUAUCCCUUGCUCAAGAUCCCUCCUGCGCAGAAAAGAAAGCACACUUUCAAGAACUCAAGCAGAAAUGUCAAAGUGAAAUACGAGCAAUCAAGAACAAAUGGUGGCAACAGAAAGCCACAGAACUCCAAAAUCUUUCCGAUGCAAGGAACCUGCGUGGCUUCUACGCUGGUAUCAAAGAGCUGUAUGGACCUAUCCGCUCCUCAUCAGGAACACUGAAAGCUGCUGACAACUCCACCAUUCUUACUGAAAUCGGAGGGUACCCUCUGAAAAACAUUAUAUGA